AUGAGUAGCACUCGGGCACUUCCAAAGUAUUCGAAGGAGCAGAAUAAUACAGCGCAGUUGGCUAAUGAGUUUAACAACUUUUACAUGGCAAUAUCGUCUCCAAAGAUUAGCCAAAUUGGGAACUACAGGAUCACAGAAGAAAUUGGUGAAGGAGCAUUUGGAAAGGUAUACCUUGCCACCCAUGUUCUACUAAAUGUCAACGUAGUGCUUAAAUGUGGAUUAAUUGACGAUCCAAAUAUUGUGAGGGAGAUUUAUUACCAUAAACAAUUGAAGCAUAAAAACAUCGUGAGUCUUUACGAAGUUAUCAAGACAGAAAGCCAUCUUUGGAUCGCUAUGGAGUACUGUGAAGGAGGCGAGUUGUAUUACCUAGUUUAUGAGAAAAGGCGAUUGGAUUUAAACGAAUGUCGCCAUAUAUUUUUCCAAGUUCUUCUUGGGGUGCAAUUUGUUCACUCGAUGAAUUUAAGUCAUCGAGAUUUAAAAUUGGAGAAUAUACUUUUGUCCGACAAGAAGAAGAGUUGUGUCAAGUUGACUGAUUUUGGGUUCAUCAGAGAGUUUAAUCCACAGUCUAGAAGAUUUUUAUCGACAAUAUGUGGUACAACAGUUUAUAUGGCACCAGAAUUACUAUUGGGGCAAAAAUACUCGGGAUUCGCUAUAGAUGUGUGGUCGUUGGGGAUUAUCUUAUACACUAUGCUUUACGGCGUACUACCGUUUGAUGAUGACGAUGAGAUGAAGGUAAAGUCAAAGAUAAUCAAUGAUGCCCCACUUUUUGCUGAUUUUGUUCCAACAGAAAUCAAUCAAUUGAUCUUGAAGAUGUUGAGCAAAGAUCCAACACAGAGACCAGGUAUCAGUGAGAUUUUGAAUUCAUCGUUUUUAAUUGACGUAUACAACAAGCAUCUAGAAAAAAAUCAGAAAAAGGCAGUUGGCGAUGGUGAAUCAAUUCUUUCGAUAAAUCAGCAUUAUAAUUAUAUGCAAAAACCGUUUGAUACAAGGAUAGAGCGUGAAUUGAUUCGGAAGUUACAGAGACUAAACGUCGACAUUGAUGAGCUUCAAGCAAGCAUAUACAGCAACGAAAUGAAUCUGUUGACGGCAUUUUAUGAAUUGUUAUUGACUCGAGAAUUUUCGAAAAAGAAGAAACGGUAUAUUAGAGAUAAAAAGAGAAAGUAUUUUGAAGCAAGGAAUUCGUUACGAAAAUCUCGAAAGAAAGUGAAGAGUGCUCUCUCCAUGUCAGACCAAUUAUCUGGUUCGCAGCCAUUGGAGCGAAUAAUUUCGUCUUUGAGUAUUACUUCCAACAAAAACUCAAGCAAAACGAAUUUGGCUCGGUUGUCCACGUACUCAAGAAAGUCGGGUGAUAACAUUGAUUUGCGCAAUCUGCCAAGAUCACAGCUGAAUGCUCGCUUCAGUAUCGAUCGGGAAAACCCACCUCGAAACUCGAUGAGCGAAAUUGGAGGAGCUGAUAUGACUGCUCACACGCAGGCAAUUUCACCAACAUCUACGAAAAUAGAUGCACCCCUACAUAGAAUUGUGUCUUUUGUACCACAGGAAAGAAGACCAUCUGAUGCAGCAUCAACCGGAGAAUCAUUAAAGAAGCAGAACAAGAGUGGGAAGAUAUUAAACAAAUUGCAAUUUUGGAAAAAGGACAAGAAUGGUAAUGAAGGUGAUAAGGACGAUUCAACCUCAGUUGUCAGUAAACGGUCUGAAAAAUAUGAAAAUGAUACCGGAAGUGGGACCCUGGAGUUGCAGUUGCAACAAAGUCCGCAAAGAUAUGGCCGCAGUCAAACUUCAUUCGAGGUAGGUGACACAGAACAAACGCCAGCAACUAUAGGAUCCGAUACUAGAUCUAAUGACGGUGGAUUGGACACGCCUGCUGAAAUACAGGCAUCUGGGUCAAAUCAUUUAACACCAACAUCCGGUGAAGGCAGAGGAUUAAGCAGGACAAGACCUUCGUCGAUGAUUUCGCAAAUAAGUCAAAUCAGUAGAUUGAGUCAGUUGUCAACCAUGUUGUCGGAAUCGGAAUUAGAUAUACUAGAUGAAACUGAUACCUUAGACGACGAGGAUGAUGAAGAUGAAGCAUAUGAUUCAAGUAUUAGCAUGUCACAAGAUGGAAGAUCUACUUCCGGAAUGGUUCUUGGAAGCAGCCGAACUCCUGCAAGAAAGAGACCUAGUUACAGAAGAGGAUUAUCAUCUGAUCAAUCCAUUCAAUCAGCGUCGACGACUAGUGGUGGACAAACGACUGUCAAGAAAAAACUGUCCAUGUCAAGAGUGACAAGCAAUUCAUCAGAUGAUACCCCCAGUGAAUCAAAGUAUACUGAUGAGGUGCCACCAAUGAAUGGAGAUCACAAUACGCAUUCUCAAUUUAUGGUGAAAAACCGGCCCUCAAAUCUUGUUACGCCCACACCUGUUUUACACAACAAUUCGAUCCUUCCUAACGCAAACACAAAUGAAAUUGACCGAAUGCAAGGCUAUCGCUCGCAUUCUCCACCAUUCAACUUUAAGCUGAGCCCAAGGUCAGCAGCGCCUAGAGGUGAUGCAAAGAUGAAUCGAAAGCAAAUGCCGCCUGUUUUUGCCAAUAAGAACAACAACAGCGUGCCUAACAACUACCAUGAUACAAAACAAGUUAACGAUUGGUUGAAUAACCCUUUGAACAAUAAUACAGGAUCCCAUGGGUAUGCCAAUAAAACUAUGUAUGGUCCCACCAUUAAUGAGGAGGAUGAAUACGAUGAGAUGUGA